AAACCUCCAUUCCUCAAUCUCUUUCCCCAUCUCUCAUUCCUUUUUUCACGGCCAUAAUUGCAUCUCGAAGAUAUAACACAACUCUGCGGAUAUUUAUGAGAAAAGAAAGAGAUAUUCGAACGGUAUAUUAAAAAAAGAGAAAAAAGAUUUGAGAUUGAACCCAGAAGACAGGCAGAGAGAUUCUCCCAAGGUUUCGAGACAAUUCCAUCCGACGUUUGACUAACGUGCGCCGUUUGAUUCACUAAGCCCAAACUGGAGGGUGGUCUUGGAAUGAUAGGGGAAAACUUUGAUCCGGGUGUAAUGGGAAGAAUCAGCAGAGAAGAAGGAUAUGAAAGCAGGUCUGGGAGUGAAAAUUUUGAAGGUGCAUCUGGGGAAGAUCAAGACCCACCCACAGACAAAAAAUCCUCUAAAAGAAAGAAAUAUCAUCGCCACACCCCGUAUCAGAUUCAAGAACUCGAAUCGUAAAUUAACUGCACUCUGAUGUUUUCCUUCUUUAUACCAUUUUUGUCAUCUUGAAAGAAUAUACUCCGUAUGAUUUUGGGUUUUUUAGUGCUUUCAAAGAGAACCCACACCUUGAGGAAAAGGCAAGAUUGGAGCUUGGCCGGAGAUUGAACUUGGAAAGCAAACAGGUUAAAUUUUGGUUUCAGAAUAAAAGAACUCAAAUGAAGGCACAACUAGAGAGGCACGAAAAUGCUAUACUCAAACAAGAAAACGAUAAGCUUAGGAUAGAGAACAUAGCAAUGAAGGAAGCAAUGAACAGCCCAAUAUGCAACCAGUGUGGAGGACAAGCAAUGCUUGGUGAUGUACAUGUUGAGGAACAUCAUUUAAGGAUUGAGAACGCGCGUUUAAGGGAUGAACUGAACAGAAUCUGUGUGUUGGCCAACAAGUUCCUAGGCAAGCCCUUUUUGCCCCUCACAAAUCCAAUUGGAGAUUCAGGCCUUGAACUGGCAGUUGGGAGAAGCAAUUUCGGAGGGAUGACUCCAGGGGUGGACGCUUCUAUGCCACUGGGACUUGAUUUCGGGUUGGAGGCAUCGUACGAUAAAUCAAUGUUGAUGGAGCUUGGUUUUACAGCUAUGAAUGAACUGUUGAAGCUUGCUGAGGCUGGCGAGCCUUUAUGGCUUAGAAGCUUAGAUGGGAAUGGAGAGGCUUUGAAUCUUGAGGAAUAUGAGAGGUCCUUCCAUUGCUGCAUUGGGAUGCGAGGGCCUAAUUUUGUAACUGAAGCAACGAGGACAACUGGUACUGUCAUGUUCAAUAGCAUGGCCAUUGUGGAGACCUUAAUGGAUGCUGAUCGAUGGGCAGAAAUGUUCACGGGCAUUGUUGGAAGAGCCUCCACAGUCGAUGUAAUCUCCAGCAACUCUAGUGGAAGCAGAAAUGGCUCCUUACAGUUGAUGCACGCAGAGCUUCAAAUCCUGUCUCCAUUGGUACCCCUUCACAACUUGAAGUUUCUCCGGUUCUGCAAGCAUCACGCUGAGGGUGUGUGGGCUAUCGUCGAUGUUUCUGUUGAUGGGUCCCACCCCCAUGAAUUUCAAAGCUGCAGAAUGCUUCCUUCUGGCUGCAUCGUCCAAGAUUUGCAGAACGGUUAUUCAAAGGUUAUAUGGAUUCAACAUAUGGAAUAUGAUGAAAGCGGCGUUCACAAUUUCUUCCGGCCAUUGAUAAGGUCGGGUUUGGGGCUUGGAGCACAAAGGUGGCUUGCCACCCUACAGAGGCAAUGCGAGUGCUUGGAUGUCAUCAUGUCUUCUUCCUCCAUUCCUACUCCAGAAAGUUCAGCAGCUAUAAGUCCAAGUGGGAGGAGGAGCAUCGCGUCACUAGCACAGCGCAUGACCCGCAGCUUCUGCGCCGUGGUUUGUGCAAACAUUUACAAAUGGGACGCCAUCCAAACCGGUAGCGGCGAUGACCCUGCUGCCGCCAGGCUGAACAUGCGCCAGAGCGCCGGCGAACCCGGAGACUCCCCCGGCGUGGUGUUGAGUGCCACUAAAACCAUUUGGUUGCCGAUUGCGCGGCCCCACUUGUUUGAUUUCCUGAGGAAUGAAGAGACGAGGAGCCAGUGGGACGCCUUGUCCAAUCACACCUUGCAGCAGAUUAUCCACAUUCCCAAGGGCCGCAACGAUCCUUCCAAUCUCAUAUCGCUUUAUCGCAACACGGCUUCAGCGAAUGUGAGCCAGAACAGCACGCUGAUAUUGCAAGAAUCGUGCACGGACGCGUCCGGUUCGAUCAUAACGUACGCGUCGGUCGGCGCGCAAGAGAUGACGGUCGUGAUGAACGGUGGGGAUUCUUCCUCAGUUGCUCUCUUGCCAUCUGGAUUCUCCAUUGUGUCCGACUGUUUUGACCAUUCGGGCUGGCCCGACCAAUCCAAAGGAACCCUUUCGGACAGAGGAGGCAACAAUGGUGGGACCGGAUCACUGCUGACCGUCGGGGUCCAAAUGCUGGUGAGUAGCUCGCCCGGUGCAAAGCUCACGAUGGAGUCGGUCCAGACCGUGAACACACUCAUCUCCCGUAUGGUUUUGGACAUCAAAGCAGCCUUCCAUUGCAACUGAUGCGUUUGUUUUUUUUUUCAAUCUUCAAUGUUAAUUUUUUGGGUUGGGUAAAGAUACGGGCGGUUUGAGUCAAGAACGAACCGAACGAGACGGGUGGUGGUUCGGGUAUUGACUCGGGUAUAUGUACCAGUAAGCUAGCUGCAGGAAGUGCUGUUUGUAACUAGUUUUUUUGAUGUUUUUGGGACAUUGAAGUAGUGGCAAGGGGCUGAACUCUUUUGUCAUUGUGGUGUUUCUUUUUUGCUCAAAAUUGUUGCUCUUUCAAUGUACAAUGCUGGGGCUUUUUUGUCAUUAAAGAAUAGAGUAUUUC